ACGUUGCUCGAGAACGAUGUGCUCCAUAGAGAUAAUCUGUCAAAAAUAUGUCUUUUUCCCGCGCAAGGUCCAAUGGAUACCUUUAAGAGGUGUGCGUGCCUCCCAGGCUAUGUAUCCGGCAUUCAGUAAAUGGUGAGGUUGUAUUCAGUCGCACAGCACAAUAAUGACAGGAUUGUUGGGUGCCGUGGAGGUGGUUGGUUGGACUAGCCUAUUGCGAAGAGCCAUAGCCAUCAAUCGGUCCGAGGGCAGCAGCCAGUUGGUACUGUGUAUCACAUUACCUGAUAAGUCCGACACGGGGCAGAAUAUGUGUCUUGCUUGCUACAUCCCAAUGUCAUCAUGGGGUCUGUUAGUGGUCUGUUCCAGUCGUGGUGUUCUCCAGUACGAAGGUGUGAAUAAAGCAUCCGUCAAUUUCGGAGUGCCUGAAGUACCGUGAGGG